AUUCUUUUUUGGAAUUAGAGUCAAGCCAAGAUGUCUGUGUGUAAAAUGGGUUACGCACGAGCAAACAUCGCGAGUUUACCACGCCCCAGUAAAAAGCCCACGAUCUACGUGCUGACAGUCGUUUCAAUCCGUGCACUAUUUUUACUUUGAUACGUCACAAUGCCACGAUCGCGUUUUUACAACGACAUCCUACAGAUAUCGUCUAGAAGAAGCCUAAUAACUACACCGCGACUAAACAGAAAAGUCCCCAUAUAUAUGUUUGCUAACUCGACAUGUACCCCUGAGUCAACAUGCUGCAAUGUACCUAGGCGUAGGGCGCAAGUAGCCAGCGCUUCAAAAUGUGGUCCUGCUUAACGAAUGGAUUGGUUACGAUGAGUCGAUGGCAUUUACAUAGACGGAAACUUGCCUAGAGGCAAAAAAACAUAAGCGAACCCUACAUACUAGGUGGCCUGAAGAAAUUUAUAGGAAUUUUACAGGAAUUUACCCUAUUCGGAAAGUGAGCUAUCUACGACUCGUGGGUCUAGUCCAAGCUAUCAGCUCAACCAGACGGUCGGGUCAGCUAUGAAUGGAUGCUUCACAUAUAGGCCAUCACCAUUAUAUGUCGGUGAUGACGAUUGCAACAUACUCCCUUUAUCUUGAAUCUAUUCUUGGUUAUUCGGACACUACAUGUCUGCCUACCUUGUACCUUCUAACAUACUAUUUUCUUUUUAUCUUAGCUUAUGGUUACGGCCGUUCUCAUUAUCUUCUACGUUUUCUUCGACUCCGUGGUUCUUAUCAAGAACGAAGCCGUUUUGAUUUCGCAUCUCACAGACAGGAAGAGCGCGACAAUUCCAACAAAACUCGAGCAAUACACGCUCUUCUUGGCUCCGGAAAAUAUUCAUUCAGCUCCAGAAUUCGCAUUAGCGCCCUCCUUGCAAGGUUUACGGUACUACUUAGCUGUAUAGACCAGUUGCCGCUAUUUGUUACUUCACUGACACCUUGUUUUAGACUUUUUUUUAUUUUUUUUUAUUUUUCCUUUAUUU